AUGGACUCUCCACAAUUUCGUUUCUUAAAUAAAAAAGAAUUGUCUUACAUUUACGAAGGAAAUUCAAAUAAUGUAACACUUUCAUCGCUUUUAACACUCUCGCGCCCUUUUACAUAUUCCCAAUUGACACAAUCGAUUAAAUUCGGGUUAAAUAAAAUUCAACAAUAUUAUCCAAUGUUAAGAUCAUGUAUUUCAAUAAUGAAUGGUAAAUGGUGUUUCUGUGAGAAACCAUCAUCUCGUAACGAAAUUUCAUUUAAUUGGAUCAGAAUAUCAUCCUUGAACGAAACGAUUGCAAGCACGUUAGAAAAUGUAUGUGCCCAAGAGAUGACAAAUGAUUUUAUGGUCGAACAACAUCUAUGUAGAUUUAUUUUGAUUACACGUGAUACUUUAAUGCCAACUACUCCAGACAACACCAACCCACAAGAAAACUCAACAACUGAGGUUGGAUUCGUAUUUUGUUUUCUACACACAGCCUUUGAUGGUAGAAAUAUAUUUACUGUCACCCGUGAUUUUAUUAAAGAAUUUGAAAAAACUUUAUUAAAUUCUUCGGAAAAUGUCGUUAGUACUCAAGGAUUAAAGGAAGGUCAAAUAAAUAACUUGAUAUUGCCCAAAUUUCAAACUUGUUAUUCAAAUUUCAUCUUUUUCAAAGAAGUAAUAAUUUUAUUCGGUUGGUUAUUAUACACGAGACCACGUAACCUUCCAUCUUCAUCGCAACAAAUCCAACCUUCAUUACAACCCGAGAAAAGUAAAACGAAUACGUACUUUCAUACAUUAACGAGUCAGGAAACGUUAUGUUUGAUCCAAUUUUGUAAACGACAUAAAUUUUCGGUCACAUCGUUAUUGUCAACGUGUAUUUCUGAAAUCAUCUCUGAAAGGAACGGAGGAAAUACUGUUCUGGGUGGGUUGGCGGUUGAUUUAAGACAAUUUUUAAAUAUUUCUGUUAAAAUUAACGGAGCUUUUAAUUCUUCCAUAUUAAUAAGACAUCCAAAAGUUGAAUUUUUAUUUGAAGAGAAAUUCAAUAGAUCAAUUUAUAUAAAUUAUUUAGUAAACAGAAUUAAAACCACUAACAAUACCAUACAGCACUCGAUGAAAUCUGGUUUGAUUUUUCAUAAUUUAAAAUUUCUGGUUACUGGGCCUAUAAAAAAAAAUGAAAAUAUUAAAGAAGAGGAGACCAUCAUUCCUUUAGCCUACGUAUUAUCUAAUCUCGGAAUUUGUAAUCAAAAUGUUUCUGAAAAUUUUAAGGACGAUAUUAUUACGGAUUGGAAUAAUGUUUUUUUGUCUUCUACUGCCAAGCAAUCUAGAGGUACUAAUAUUGAAGUAACUACACUCACUUUGCAUAGUAAGAUGUAUAUAUCGUUUUGCGCAUGUUCCAAAUUUAUUUCCAAUGAGGAUUUAAGAGGUUUCGCAAUUAAUGUGCUUGACUUGAUAAAAAUCAUUUGCGAGCAUAACGGCAUUCAAUAG